AUGAAGAACCUUUCAGUAGUGACUCAGUUUGUCCUGCUUGGCAUCCCACACACAGAGGGUCUGGAGACCAUUCUCUUUGUCUUGUUUUUGUCUUUCUACAUCUUUACCCUGGUGGGGAACUUACUCAUACUCCUUGCAAUCGUCUCCUCCACUCGACUUCACACACCCAUGUACUUCUUUCUUUGCCAGCUGUCUGUGUGUGACAUAUUUUUUCCUUCUGUGAGUUCUCCCAAGAUGCUAUUCUACCUUUCAGGAAAUAGCAGAGUCAUCUCCUAUGAAGGCUGUGUGUGCCAGCUCUUCUUCUACCAUUUCCUGGGUGGUACUGAAUGUUUCCUAUACACAGUGAUGGCCUAUGACCGCUUUGUUGCCAUAUGCUACCCUCUACGCUACUCAAUCAUCAUGAGCCAUAGAGUAUGUGCCUUGCUGGCUACGGGUACAUCAGUUUUUGGUUGUAUUCAUUCAACAUUUCUAACUACUCUCACCUUCCAGUUACCCUACUGUGGCCCCAAAGAGGUGGACAAUUAUUUCUGUGAUAUUCAUGUGGUGAUGAAAUUAGCCUGUGCAGACACAUCAGCCCUGGAGAUGGUAGGAUUCAUCAGUGUGGGUUUCCUGCCCCUCAUUUGCUUCUUCUUUAUCUUCACCUCUUACAGCUGUAUAGUUUACUCCAUUCUACAGAUUCGCUCCACUGAGGGUCGACACAGAGCCUUCUCCACCUGCAGUGCCCACCUCACUGCCAUCUUGCUCUUUUACAUGCCAGUGAUUUUCAUUCAUCUGAGGCCAACGCCAAGCCCUUGGUUGGAUACAACUGUUCAGGUCUUGAGUAACCUGGUCACCCCUAUGCUAAACCCAUUGAUCUACAGCCUCCGGAAUAAGGAAGUAAAAUCAUCACUAAGGUACUAUUUUUUGGAAACUACUGUCAGUAUGGAAAGUAAGUGA